CGGGGCUACGGAUCGCGCGUCAACACAGUGGAAUUUUAUUUUAUUUUUCUUACUCGCUAGCCGCCCGCCGCUUGUCAGAGUAUAUUUUUGCGGGUUCAAUUGAGAGCAAAAUACCGAAUUCCGACAGUGUGUGAUUUUACCUGGGGCCAAACGGGAACCUCAAUCUCAAUCAAAUCAAAGGAACGGGAACCUCGGAUCAUAUCUCGUGCAGUGAGCAAGAUUUUCCGAAGCGCAAGAAUUUAUGAACUGUCAAACGGGAGUCGUCGUCGUCGCGAGUGACACAAAACAUACCGCAACGAGAGCAACAGAGAGAAUUCCUUCGGAGAGAACGAGCGGGACAAAAACGCUCGGUUUUUACUAGUGUCGCGAAUAAGAAAGAAGUCGCGAUUUCUGACCGCCGAAGUUGUCGCCGUCGCGCAUAAUUCGAUGGGUAAUCCGGAUUGAUACGGAUCAAGGAAUGAAUAACAAGUGGCCGGUGGACGUUUAGAGAGCAAAACAUUCAAGUUGAAGAACGUCUCGCACUGAGCCCAUCGAUGAAUGAAUUCCAUUCCAGAAUUUUGACUCUUCAAAUCAAGCAAUAGCGACUGGAGAACAGACAAAAAAAAAGCUGCUGAAACAAGAGAAGAGGGCGAAGUAAUUUCAUUUUAACAAGAUUCCUGUUUCUUCGCUCUCCGUUUGCAGUGUAUUUCGCCUCCACUUCGUGCUGCCUCAACACUCUACUCUGUAGUAUAUUCUGGUUUCUUGAGCCACCUCGCUAUGUAUUCUGUUCCAGAGAGCCGAGCCUGAACAGGCUGUAGACGACGACGGCUGUGUGCGCGGGUGUGUGUAUGUGUGGCAACUUGGAAGCAAAACCAACACAAGCACUCCGCAGCCAGCCAGCAAGUAACCAGCUUCCAAGAAGUUCAAGAACUUGAGCACCACAACGAGUGAGUAGUGGCAGUGGCCAGCAGCAGCAGCAAACAAGAACGCAAAAACUGGCCCGGGUGAUUCGGUUUUUUUUCAGCGAGGCGCGUACAAUGAACGAAUCGAAAUCUGCUCGUUGAAAAUUAAAAUUUUGGAGAUUGUGUGAACCGAGUGCGUCGGAAUGUACUGGAACGGGAUUGUCCCCUCUAUUACCAGUUUUAAGCAACGGAAAAAAUCCAGACUCACCAUCAGAGUCGAAAACAAGUGAAACGCAAGUAUGCAUAUGGAAACCUGAAAGCAAUAGUGCAAUGUGAAACCUAGUUCAAAAUUGUUAUCGCAGUUUGUAGUUUCGGAAAGUAAACACAGAAAUUCAAUCAAAUUAGUGCCUUUCGAAGUGUAGCGCAGAGCGUGAAGAAACAAGUGCGAUUGAUGCAAGUGCCGGGAAAAUGCCUCACAACAGUUCCACCGGUGAUGAACUCGGCAGUACGGACGAGGUUAAAGUAUUCAAAGAUGAAGGUCGGGACGACGAAAAGUUGUCGGAGAACCUGCUGGAGGAGAAAUCCAGUUUAAUUGAUUUGACUGAAAGCGAGGAGAAAACGGUUAAAAAUGGGACCACUCGACAUGAGGCGGGUCCUGUUUAUGGCAAGCUGCCCCAUGGACACCCGGGGUUCAACAUGGGCUACCUGGUUCCACCGUAUGCCUACCCAAACGGUGCUGCAGGAGGUCUUCCGGUGUCUAUGGCAAACAAGAUGGGUUUGCCUCCUUUUUUCUGCCACAAUGGAGAUCACCUGUCUUCGCCUCCUCCUGCACAUUGCGGAAUUCUUCCGUACCAAUUGGACCCAAAAACGAUGGGACUUACGCGGCCUCCUCUGUACAGCUUCCCCACUAGCCAGUAUCCUUAUCCCAUGUUGAGUCCCGAUAUGCCCCUAGUGGCAUCGUCAUGGCAUACACCUUCAAUGUAUGGCCCUGCGGCAGGGUUCCGCAAUCCAUAUCCAGCAUCCCUCCAGAUUUACACGUCCCUUCCGAGUGACUUUUAUCGAUACUCGCCCAGUCUUCUUCCAUCGGUACAUCCCCAUCCGAUGUUGAACACACACCCCGCCAUAAUUACCCCCGGUCCGAAGCAGGACAUUCUUGGCCAGGAAUCAUCCCGAUUUGGUUCGGGUCGAUCGUCGAAUGCUCCCACGAUUAAGCAAGAAAGUGGCGAAGAACCAUCUCAGAGUCGAUUCUCAUCGCAUCAGAGCCGAUCGAACAAUAGCCAUCACAAUCAUUCACAUCACGAGCAAAGCAAUCACAGCAACAACAACAACAAUAACAACAAUCACCACCAUCAUCAUCACAACAGUGGUAGCGGUCAACAUAGGCAACUCACGGAAAAAGAGCUGGCACUGGAGAAGAAGAAGAGCCAUGUCAAGAAACCGUUGAAUGCUUUCAUGCUGUACAUGAAAGAGAUGCGAGCAAAAGUGGUAGCGGAAUGCACGCUCAAAGAGUCUGCCGCUAUCAAUCAGAUACUGGGUCGGAAGUGGCACUCGCUCUCGCGGGAAGAACAGAGUGUGUACUAUGAUAAGGCCCGCCAGGAGCGGCAACUGCACAUGGAACUCUAUCCCGGAUGGACGGCACGGGAUAACUAUGGAUAUGGAGCGAAGAAAAAGAAGAGGAAAAAGGAUCGAAGUCCCGCAGAUCCGAGUGGCAACAGCAUGAAGAAGUGCCGAGCGAGAUACGGAUUAGAUCAGCAGAAUCAGUGGUGUAAACCGUGUAGGCGUAAGAAAAAGUGCAUCAGAUACAAGGAAAUGACGGAUAGUGAGGAGGGGAGAGAUCAGGGAUCGGAUGAUGCGAUCGGUAGUUGUGGCAGUAUGGAUGAUUCCAAGAGUCCAGAGGAUGAUAGGGAAUCGUUGAAUCAAUCACUCUCCAGUCCAAGGAGUAUGAGUGUGUUGUCCAGCUUACAGUCCCCUUCAACGAGUAUAGCAUCUCCUCUGAAUCUGCUAGCAAGUCCAGCGACACCAACCAACUACUACCAUCAUCACGACCACUUGGGUCUGGCCUCGAUGAUAGCGGCCCAACAUCAACAGCAGCAGCAACAGCAACAGCAAGCCCUCCAGAACAGCGCCAGUGACAAGCUGAAUAACAUCAGCAGUGACAGUGGUCUCAGUUCUCAGCUGAACAAUAGCUACAGCAACAACUUCAGUCCGUACAGUAACCAUCAUACGAUUCGGAGCAGUUCAAACCAGAACAGCAAUAGUACCAGCAAUAACCUCAGUUCGGCAGUCACUAGUCCACCGGGCAUCCUGAAUGGCGGUACCAGUAGCAGCAAGAAUCAUCACAGCAGCUCCGGCAGCAAUAGUCUUCCUCCACAUCACCAGCAACCACAUCCACCUGCAACCGGGCCACCUCCAAACGGUAGCAGUCUCUCAGCAUUACAAAUUCCCCCGCAUCUUCAGCAGCUCAACCUGUCCAGUUCAUCACCUCCCACGUCAAGUAUCCACAACAACAACAACAACAACAACAGCUCAUCCCUGCCGACAAGUCAAAUCAAGGAAGAACCCGGUUGCCUCCGGAACAGUCCACCCAACUUCCUCCUGCACCAUCAUCAACUAGCAGCGGCGGCGGCGGCCGCGGCAGCCGCAGCAGCUCAUAUGCACAAAAACAACGGAGAUCUCAGUUCGGCGGGAGAUCUAUCCCAUAGUUCCAGCAGCACGACGAACAACGACAGCGGUCGAAGCACCGGUAGUAGUCAAGCCAACAGCACCAGUGAUAGGUAGUGGAUACCGAGUGAUUGCACCGUGUAAAAACGGGUGACGACGCUGGGAGGUGCAUGUCAAGUGUCAAAGUUCUAACUGUGAUCCACUGGAGCGAGAAGAGCGAGAAAAUUGCGUUAAGCGGAACCUCCAGUAAGAAGAAGCGCGCCAACCCUACUUAAUUGAUCAUUUUCGAGGCUAGUUUCGAAGCCCAUUAUUAUCGCAGUCAUUGUUUGCAUUGAACCUGGAAGCAGCAACCCGUUUAACAACAACCACAAGGGCAGUUGCCACCACAAAACCAGGUGAUGAGAGGUGAAGAAUGAAGCGAAAAAAAGCGACAGGGAAAGAGAGAAUGCUUAAUUUGACACAUUGUACCCCUGCAGACCCCCAGCUCACGCAAAGGAACCUCCCGAUUCCUCUGUACUGCUACAGGUCGUCGUCGUCGUCGUCGUCGUCUUCAGGUCCGUCCGCCGUCGCGCCCAAGUUCCGAGGCAUUUACGAAGUUAAUGGCAUUCAAAAUCGAAAAACACAGCAUCACUUAUUAAUCGUUUGUCCGUUGUUUAUGAGCAUGAUGAGCGAGCGAACGAAGAACGAGCCAAGGGAGUUAACCAAGUGAGGAGUACGCAAACGGGAUGGCCGGAGACGAAAAGGUUUUUUUUUGUCUCCUCUUUAAUGGUUAAGUUUCUGUUUUCUUUAUAAACAUUCUUUUUUCGCCUUUCUCAAAAUAACAACACCAACAACAACAACAACAAAAACGAAGAAAUUAAUGUGAGUGUGUGAAACGAUCAAUCUCCUUCUUGGAAAAGCAAGGCCCAAACAGAAGAGAAUAAGAAUCGAAGGAAGAUUAAGAAGAAAAAGCAGCAGCAAAAAAAAUGACCAGAAGAAGAAUUGUUUGGAAACAAGUUUCUUUCAGAGCCAAGUGAGGUUAGGGUAGUAGGAAGAAAGAAGUAAAAGAAGUAAGAGAGAAAAUCAAUCAAGUGUGAUACAAAAGCAAUAAUAAUAACGAAGCGAAAGAAGUAGAAGAAAACGAAGAGUUCAGGCAAGCAGAUAAAUUAAAGGAAGAGUUAUGAAGUGAGUACACACUUUUCGAGCCUCACCCGUCGUCGCUCGUCUCCGUCUCUCUCUCUCUCUAUCUUUGUGUGUGUGUAUGCGUGUCUGAUGAUGUCUUUCGCGCGCGUAAGGAGAUUCGAUCGGGAAUCUCUGUCUCUGCACCACCCCCCGUUGUGGAUAAUUGAGCCCAAUCCUCACGCGGAGUAGCCUCGAACCGAGGCCCAUGAGGAACCACAUGUGCGUGUGCUAUUUUUUCCCUCCUUCCCACAAUUCGGGAUAAUCGUGAUUGUGUGUGCGAGUGGUGUUGUUUAUUGUUUCUCGUGCUCUAAGAAACACACAAAAAAAGGAGCCACCAUACUGUGCACGCGCUCGUGAUGGCGAUUUGAAGAAAAGAACCGUGAAACUCGACUGCUGACAGAGUGGUGGUGAUGGUGGUAGAAAAGUAACACGAAUUUGCUAUACGAAACGAGAAAAAAAUCGCAAUGAGCCUUGUUGGAGAACCAACAAGUAGUGAAGGUGGUGCGCUCGUGCGCGCGUUGGUCACAAAUUCCUUUACUCGAAGGUGGAGGAUAAUUGCACCCGGUCGGUCUGGUGGUGGCCCAUGCACAAUUCCGAGGCUUGGGAUUGCUUCUGCUUUGAUUGGAUUGUUGGCGUAUGUGAAAGGCGAUCAACAAGUGCAUCAUCUCGGAAAUUGCAACCGUCGGCCACCGCCGGUUCGAGAAUGCACGGAAUAAGGCCUUCUGCCCUCUACAGCAGGCAAUAGGAGUAGCUCGCGAAUGAGAGUAAGUUGCAUUGAAUCUCCGGGUAUUAUGAUUGAUUGAUAGUAUAUUGAGGAAACGACUGGCUGGUCUGGUAUAAGGAAUGAUUGACACAAUACAUCAGUAAAUAAAAAGGCGUCAGAUUUUGCGAUACAGUUUCAUUGGCGAAAUUAAGUUUAAAAAAGUCUGCAUGGAGAAACUAAACUAAAGUGAUAUUUUAUUAUAACAAUCAAUUUUGAAUAAAACGUGAGGUUUAUGACCGUGAUUUUUUACAACAUUUACAGGAAUUUGCGAUCCACCAAGACUGGAAAUACUGUAAGCCUUACACGCCUAAGAGAAAACUUUAACUGCCUUUAAAAGUCUGCUAUAAUUUAAAUGAUUCGAUUGCAAAAGUCUUUAUGUAAUGAUCGUUAUGAGUGAUAAUUCAAAUUGUUUUGAGAUUUGGCCAUUUUGUUUGCAGCAGAAUACAGUUCAUGAACACGUAAACCUCUAUCCAAAUGCAAAGUUUCAUUGAAAUUUGAAAGGGUACAGUCUAAUAAAUUUGUCCUUUUAUAUGCUACAUAUUUGGUCAGAAAAUGCUCCUUGAUAAAAUUUUUAAAUAAUAGGGUGAGUGACCCAUAGUGGAUGUACUAAGCCAGUUUAUUUAUUAAAAAAUAAAUAUACGAUGUACAUUCAAUUUCCAUACGUCAAUCUAUAGCUUUCAACCUCUAUUUUUUUAGAAAAAUAUUACAUUCCAUUAAAUUUGCAAUCAUUUUAAGAAAACUCGUCCUCCAUUAAUAGGAACACUGUUCCAGUAGUGGUGGUAGUUGCUAACUUUGAUUCCUAUAAUAGUGGAAUGCAUUGGUUUCUUAUGGAUUCCACUAUUAUAGGAACACUACCGCAACUAUAGGUGCAAAGGAGUGAAAAUCUUAAGGAAAAUUAAUUAUUUUCUGUCACUUGAGGGCAUAUUUUAAGUUUGAAAUAUUCAAAUAUGCCUUAUUUUAGGAG